UUUGGGCGUUGCUAAUAACAACGUGUCACCAAUAUCAACAAGAAACGACUGGUUCACAGUGACAAAACAGCAGGGGAACAUAUAGAUUACUGUCGUUUUCUGGAUUUUGUUCGUGUGUAGACAGUCUUUGUUUGUUCUAUGAUGAAAGUAAUCUGCAAAUGACUUCGAGCGAAGAGCGCCUGUGCAGACCGCGCGGAAGAGGCGAGCGGCCAAUGCACCGGAGCACCCUGACUCUCGGCGACCGCAACACAUGCUUUUACUCUACAACACAUACGGAGAGUUUUUCUAGAAGAGGACAUGAUGGUCAAGCACUGAUCUUUCCACACCGAAAUCCAUGUUAUCCCUCUCAGCAUAAUGGAAAGCUGGACCUCAAAAACAUCCCUGUGACACAAGGACAGACACACUCCAGAGAUGAAUAUGGCCCAAAAGAGAUCAUACCACAUUACGUCCUACAUCAAGCAGGGCUACGGAACAGAACACAGAACCGCCAGGGCUUUGUGAUGAAAGAAGUCACCAACCCCACUGAGCCCACACCAUACCAGAGCACAUAUCACACAGCACACUGCAGCAGAUACCAAACAAAUGAAGACACUAGUGGACGGCCAGUCUAUUGGCACAGCCAUAACAUUAUCACAGGACAGGAGGAGGCUGCAGCUGGGCCUGGGAGACCCAGAAGACAGUCUGGCGAGAGUGUUUUGUGGGAAGUUCGACGCUGGGAGACACAUCACGACUCGUUACGUUUGUACUGAACAGCUCAACUGCAACAUGAGACCAGUAAACCAUCAAUAGAUAAGUCAAUAAAUAUGCUGGUUAGCAAUCAAAUAUUACAAACGAACCUUCAAAAUUAGGUCUCUGUGGAGAAAAAAAAAACAUUUAAAAUAAGCAUGAGCAAAUAAUUGGUUUGUUACAUUUAUAUAAAUUAUAUAAAAAUUAAAUUUGGGUCAUUUUAAUUUAUUUUAGUAUCAUUUAUACACCAAAUGAGCCACAACAUAUGACCACAUACCUAAUAUGCUGUUGGUCCUCCAUAAGUUUCUAAAACAGUCCCAAACACCGGCAAGACCCCUGAAGAUAGUCCUUUCAUAGUUGGCACCAAGAAACUAACAGCAGAUGCUUCAAUUUCUGCGAGUAUUGAGGUGAACAUUUUUGAGGUUGAUUUGUUGGGUUAAUAAACCCCACACACAGAUUCUCAAUUGGAGUGAGAUCUGGUGAAUUUGGGGACCAGGGAAACAUCUUGAACUCUUGUGUUCUUCAAAGGGUUCCCACUUUCAUGAAGGGCAGAUUCAAGGACUAACAUUUGAAAUCAAGUACCAUUGUAAUUUACACCCCCAGUAAGUGUCGUGCCAUUUAAGUCCUUACCAUUCUUAACAUUUCACUUACACUUAAUUUAAAUGUGGGUAGGUUUUCCAGAGAUGUUUGUCGUUCAAAAGCAGCAGUUUCUUAAAUGUUGAUCAAAUUUGCGUUACUAGUCAUAGUUCUUGUACAGGAUUUAAAGUGUAAGAUUUAUAAAUUAAGAUUUUUUUUUUUUUACAGCAGCACAGUACAAAUGUUGAACUAACACUAUCAACACAUUUAAUUUUAAAUUUAAUUCAAGCACUUUUAAGGACCUGUGUGUUUAAGCACUUUCCAGGCCUUGAGAUCCUAUGUUUGAAAUUCAAAUACUAAAGUGUAGGAAAUGGAAACCCAGUCUUCAACCCUUCCUCUGGGUAACCCCAUUACCAUUAUGAUCUUAAAAAUGUUUAGUGGGUAGCAAGUGUGAUAUUUUCGUCCCCAACACCCUGAACAUCACAAUCCCUCCACUACGUACCAUUAUCCUUCAGUGCAUGUUGAUGUAUUACUUCCGAUAUUUCUUUGGCAUUUUAGAAUGACCAAAACAACAUUUCAGAUAUUUUACAAUGUGUUCAGCCUGCUGGUUUGUCCAUUCACAC